AUGGAGACUCACAAGAACACAAAAGUACCGAAUUUUUAUUCAUCACAAUUAAUUAAGAUGAACAACAAUACUUUUCGUAAUAAUAUUAGGAGAUAUAUUUUAGGAGAUGACGAGGAUACUGGUAUGGAUAUUGACAUAGAUAUUGAUAAAUUUGAGAUUACGAAAUUUGACUACAGAAAACUAUUCGAUAAGAGAGCGAUUCAGAAUGUGAGCUAUCAAGAAAUUUUACGCAAAAUGUUUGAAAUUGAGAAUGUAUUUGACUUAGAUAUGGAUCAUGUGAGGCAUUAUAAAGAUCAUCCAGAUAAAUGGAAAGAAUUAUUUAUUUUCUUCUGUGUUAUGCCAUUCACGGAGUACGAGUUCCAAGGCAAAGAUGGAAAUUUGUUGAAUCCCGAUACUCUUCAUAUUGCUUGUCCGAGUGAUGCUACAGACAACCUUCUAAUUGGAACCUUUUCAGAUAUAGAAUUUGAAUCACUGAACCAAGAAAUAUUGGAAGAUAGACUUGCUGCUAAUUUGCAGUGUAUUUUGAAAACUGACCUAUUCUCUAAUACUUUUAGCGAAGAUCAAAGAAAAAAAUUAAUUACAAAUUUGCUCUAUGUUGGUUUUCAAUCAAAGCAUAAACUUGUUAAACAUAUUGGGUCGAAGGCUGAAGCAACUUACAGAGAUAAUUUUCUGAUAUAUUUGUUUCAACCCAUAAGUGACUAUGUUUCAGCUUUAUUAGGCUUUGAAAUAGAAGUUGAAGAGAGAAAUACAGUUGGUCAGACAGGAGUGCAAACCAGAGUACCUCACACAACAAAUGAUUUAUUUUAUUCUCAUCCGGAUAUUGUAGCUUAUACGGAGAAAAUACAUUGCCGAUCAUUAGCUAUUGUGGAGGUCAAAAAAUUACCACUUUUGAAGGGAAACAAAGUGAUAAACUUUAAUGAUUCAAAAAUGGUUAGAUUCUUCGUUCAAGUUGUCGCGGAAAUGUUUUCUAACCACACUAACAAAGGCAUGCUAACAGACUCUUAUAUAACAAUAUUGGUUGAAAUAGAUAUCGAGAGGAGUUUGGAGGCAAUAAAGCAUAGUACAGAGCUUUUGGAUUCCAGCAAGCACAUAGCUCUCAAUUAUAAGAUCUUGGAUUGUCACUCGUCGGGACUUACUUUGAGAGGUGGACUCAUUUCAUUUAUCUAUGAGGCAUUCAAUGUGAAUGAAAUUCGCUUAAAUGAGGUUAAGAGAGGAUUAGAAGAGAUCUAUAAGUAUAUUCGUAAGACAGACGAAGAAUACUUGACUUAUAUUGAUGGACUAGCCGACAAAUAUGAAGCAGCUUAUAGAAAUUUCUGUAUCGAUGCUUAUAGGACUAAAGAGCAACGCCUUUACCUUUCUGAUACAAGUAUAAGUCUUGGAAAGUUUGAGAAAAUUGAUGUGCAAAGUGGGUUUAGUUUCAAUUCUCAACUUUUCAUAGUAGAUAUUAAAGAGAUAAAAGAUUAUUUAAGAGAAAAUAUUGGGAUAGGCGACAAAUUGAUUGUUAAGAUCUUUGAUCCAAUCAAGGCCAAGAGAAAACAUGAUAGUUAUACGGUCGACAAAACUGAUAUUUUCGGCAAAUGCCGAAGAGCAUAUCUGUGUGAGAAGACAGCCUAUGAAAAGCUAAUAACUAAUCUAAAAUUUAACAGCAUUUACAUUGAUCAGCAAUGUGUUUUUGGUAAGUUUAAUAUCGCCGAACACUACCACGCUUUGGGACCAUUUCUCAUAUUAAAGUAUUUGGGUCAAACGAAAUGUCCAUUGGACGAGGAAACUUAUAAAAAGGCUGAAGAACAAUUAGAAAUAAUCCACUAUAAUGGGAUAAUACACGGGGACAUUAAUUUGAGAAAUAUUCUCUAUUACAAAGGGAAAGUCUAUUUUAUCGAUUUUGGGUAUUCUAAUUAUGAUGAUAACGACGAAAAGCGUUCUGGGCCUGUAACUGCUAAUGAAGAGACUAAGAAGAGUGAACACAGAGAAUUGUGCGAUGUAUUUGAACAGCCUAUUCCAGAAAAAUAUAGAUAUUAG